AUUGUCAACACAUCAAAUAUGAAUCAUUUGUGCUAUGUUUGCGGUAAGACUUUCAGAUUUCUGAAAGAUCUGGAACGUCAUGAACAAUCUGUUCAUAAACAAAAAUUAUACAGCUGUACAGUUUGCGGCAAAAAUUUUUCCAGAAAGGAUAAUGUGAGAAGACAUCAACAUCAGACACACUUCUUGAAAGGUGUCAAUAAAGUAUUGCAGUUACAAUCUAAGAAUUAUGAAAAAAUGUGUGAAAACUCGAUCGACACUGAGAGAAAUAUCCUGAAUCAUGGCUCAAAUAACGAAAAUAACAUAGUUAACUACGGAGCGAGUACCUCAAAAAAUAGCAAUAAUAACUUAUUUGAUAUCGAUACAAAGAAAGAAAAUGAAUUAAAUGCUAACGAUUUCUCUACUUCUCGGGAUAGUGAUGAUGAACUCUUGUUUGAUGUUGCUGAAAAGAUCGAUCCGAAGGAAACCGAAAAUAUUANUGUAUGGUGA